CGCCCAGUCCUUGUUGCGUGAGCGGAAUCUAUUCCGUUUUGGCCCCUCAUUUCCUCAGUUGCCAGCCUGGCCAUGUCUCUCGAUUCAGCAGCUUAAACGCAACUUGCAACAACAAAUACCUGGUUAGAGACUUGCACUCAGGAUUGCUAGCAUACCCAAUUUGGUCUUUGAGGCAAUGCGUCUGAAGAGAGGCUGAUUGGGAUCAAAGCCUAGACUGGGGACAGCACCGAAGAGCGCUCCUGUUCCUAUCUCUGGGUCAAUGGCUUAAGGGCAUUUUAUGUAUAACAGUAACGGUACUUACUAAGCUCGUUCUGUAAUGACGGGCAUAAAAUGACUCAUGCCUAUCAACACGAGCCUCUGGCCACCGCCUCAUCGAUCCGCAUCCUCGAUUUACUUCCGUCGCUGAACCGAGAAGCUCCAGUCCGAUGCAACAUUCGGCAUGUUCAGUUGGCCAGCCCAGAAGCUCGUUACGAGGCACUCUCCUAUGUCUGGGGUGCACGACGAGGUACCCAACCCAUCAUCUGUAACGGUCGGGCCCUAUUCGUCACGCCUAAUUGUGUUGCAGCGCUGACCAAAUUGCGCCUGUUGUUUCGAAAGCGUACAUUAUGGAUUGAUGCUAUCUGCAUCGACCAGGGCACCGAUGCAGUUGCUACAGCAGAGCGUAACAAGCAAGUGGCAAUGAUGGGCGAUCUCUACCGCUCAGCCCAUGGUGUCAUAGUCUGGCUAGGUCCCGGCAAUGAUGAGUUAACGCCGCGGGUAUUUCGAUACCUGAAAGUGCUAAGCAUCUUCAAGUACUGGUCUGUCAUGGAUGGCCCACGUGUGAUACGUCAGAUGGGGAAGCUUAUAAAGCCGUAUGUGGUCAGUCUGGCAUGGCCAGAUGGACCCGGUGCACCCGGUAAACCGAGAGUAAGAGGACCUGCUUUUGCAAAAUUGAUGGAAACACUGGGUAGUGAGUGGUUUUCAAGAAUCUGGACCAUGCAAGAGACUAUCACGUACGGUAGAUGUACCGUCAUGUGCGGCACAUCUACCAUGGGAUGGAGUCCGUUCUCUGCUGGAAUGAGGGAUGCGGGUGCCAGUCACCAUGCUAAUGCGAAUGCACAGCUACUAUACUUGAGGGGUAGAAUAACCGAUGAGAUCUUAUAUCCCGCUGAAGGGAUUGCGAAUCGUGAUUUCAAAAGCAUGCAUGAUGUUCAGCUUCUGAAAGCCAUGUGUAAGCUUCAAUGCUCGAUCCCCCAUGAUAAGGUUUAUGGAUUAUACGCGAUAUUGCCCACUCGCGGCCUACAUCUGCAAUAUCCAGACUACGAUCGGCCUCUUAAUGAAGUUCUCGAAGAAACGGCAAGGGCUUACGUGCAAUGUAAGAAGAAGCUUGACAUCCUGCGCAUAACCAUCGCUCCAAGUGAAUCGACUGGUUUGCCCUCGUGGGUUCCCGAUUGGCUGUCUGGACAGGCAGUUGGUCAACUUACUUGCAGCGAUAUCACGGGUACUGCUAUUGUGUGUUGGGGCGAAUUUCCUUCAGCCAUAUCGUCUUGUUGCGGGGCGCUUGCGUCUCCUACAGACGUUAUCCCACACACGCCAGGGAAGCUGACUGUCAAGGGAACGCGUAUAGGAAGCAUCAAAGCGCUAAGUGCUGGUGCGUAUGUUGGCGCUCACCCUGUGAGUGAGCUCUCGCAUUUUCUUGACUUCAUCUCCACUUGUAGGGAAUGGUGUCGUAUGGUUGCAUCAACUGGAAGUUAUCCGACCGGAGAAGACCCCGUGUUAGCUGGAUUGCGGGCAAUCACGAACCAUCAUGGAUACUUUCUAAAUGGGAGACCGUUAGAUGGCGAGCAUCUAAUGUUAUGGUAUAAGGCACUUCUCGAUGAUGGUGCGAUGUCUGGAACAGAUAAGAACGCAACAGAGGACCAACUGCAACCGCAGCGACGGGUUACCGUCGGCGGGGAUCUAAAGAAUGCUCAAAUCACUCAGACAGUUCAGAGCUAUGUGAACUACAAAGCAAACUACGCUUUUUUCACCCUCGACAGCGGUUAUUUCGGCUCCGCGUUCAACACUAGCUGCAGAGGUGACGAUAUCUAUUUACUAGCGGGCUUAGACGUGCCAUGUGUGCUAAGACGCAGAGGUAAUGAGUUCAGAUUUGUAGCUAUUGCUCAUGUCCACGGUGUCAUGAGGGGACAGCUUUGGCCAAAGAAUGAAGAUGAUCUGGAAGGGCUGACUCUUGUAUGAUAAUAAGUGCGUUGAGCGUUGCCAAGGCCAGUGUCCUUUCUUGGCAGAGGUAAUGUGGUCUGACAGCAAGUAACCAGAGCAAUCUCAUGAGUACUUUCGCUGAUAUUAUGCUUACUGUGUAGAUAGCAGGUAACUGUCGACAUUGAAACCACAUCUCUUUUCAAUUUCCUGAUCUACGUCCUUGUCACACGAAACUACUGAU